AUGCAAAUCCAACCGAACAGUCAAGCGUCUACCGUUCCACCCAAUGUGAGGAUGAACAACUUCACUCCACAAGCGCCUUUAUCAUAUAAUAACCCAUCGUCGAAUAAUGCAUCUCAUCAACCAUCAAACAAUAAGGAAUGGUGGCAAAAUAUGCCACCAUACAAUCCUUAUCGAACAACGAAUCAAGAUUAUGGUCCUUCAAAAAAUCAAUCUUAUCCUACGUCCAAUGUCAAUGCGCAGCCAAAUAUCUAUAAACAAGGUCCCAAUACGAAUGUUAGCAGUGGAAAUUCAUCUGCAACGACGUUUUACUCGGGCAACAGUUCGAUGCCUUACAAUUCAGCUCAACCUCCACAGCAUAUGUGA